GUUCACCUGGAGACCGUCCUGCCAGAGGGGGGGGAGCAGAUGGAGCACAUUUAAUCACAGACUCAUUUAAUUUUCCGUCAGGUCACGCUUGUACGUGGCUCAUCAUGUGAGGAUAGCGGUUGUUGUUUGUUGGGUGGGACAUGGGUGACCUGGAUGGCUCCUGGUCGGUGUCCCUGCAGGCAGUGGCAGCAGCAGCGGAGGUCAACUCGAGCUGGACGGAGGGCGUGGGGCUCGGGAUGUCCCGGCAGAUCCAGCUGGUCCUGGAGAUCCUCAUGGUGCUGAUGUGUUUGGGCGCUGUGACAGGUAAUAUUCUUGUCAUUGGUAUUGUGGCUGCGACAAAGACUUUCCACUCGGUGAACUCAGUGCUGAUCAUGAACCUGGCCGUCAGUGACCUCCUGGUGGGCGUCGGAGUGAUGCCUUUUGUUGCUUUGUCCAUCCUGAACCGUGGAUGGGUAGAUUGUACUGACCUCUGUCUGUACGUGGGUUACACCUCCUCUGUGUACUGCACAGCCUCUGUACUGACAUUAGCAGCCAUCGCCCUCGACCGCUACCACUCCAUCAUGGACUGCCUGCGCUACAGCUCCCGCUGCACCCUGUGGAGGACCUUCUCUGUGGUCCUGUGGAUCUGGCUGCAGGCCCUGGUCACCAGUUGUCCUCCCCUGCUGGGCUGGAGCUCCGUCAGCUAUGUGGUUCCCAUGUACAGCUGUGCAGUCAACUGGGCCAGCAGUCCCAGCUACACAGCUUUCAUCGCUGCCCUCUCCUACCUCAUACCGGCAGGGGUCAUCCUCUUCUGCUACGUGAACAUCGUCAAGGUGGCCCGCAGCCACGCCAGGAGGAUUCAUACGUUGGAGGACGCUGUCCAGCGCAGCAGGAACCCAAGCUCUGCCUUCACUCCUGGUGAUUCAUCUCGCCAGCACUGUGGGAGCCUCCGAGGCCCCUCCACACUCAUUUAUCACGUGAGUGGACAGUUUGUGUCUGAGGUCAGUAGAGAAGAGGGGGAUUAUAUCAGCCCUGCUCUCCCUGAUUCUGCAACGGAGCAGAAUAACCCUUCAUCCAGACGUUUGUUCUCCUUCCUGGCUCAGAGCACCUCCUCCUCCCAGCCAUCCCUGCAGAACUCCCAGCAGCAGCACCACAACCACAACCACGGAGUGGUGCGUCUCUUCCUGGUCAUCUCGGCCUUCUUCCUGUGCUGGACGCCUUACAUAGGCGUGGCCCUGGUUCAGGCCACAGAAACUGCACUCUCGGGCCAAUCCAGCCUGGUCCCACCCUCUGCCGUCACCUUUUCGUACUGGCUGGUGUUGCUGAACUCAGACAUCAAUCCACUGCUGUAUGCUCUGCUUAGCAAACGUUUCCAGGGCGCUCUUCAGGGACUGAAGCAAAAGAUAGGAGCACGCCUGGGGAGUGUGGUGGGCAGGGGAGGGGGAGAUGACGGCAGGAGCGGUGACCCCUGCACCCUGACCACCCCCACCCAUCGUGGUCCACCUUCCAGCUCUGAGAGUUCAACCUGUGAUGACUCCAAGUAUUCCUCCUCAAUUUUUACCGUCAGCACUGACUUCAAACAUCACUCUGAGGAGCAGCUAUGCAGAGUGUGUCACCAUGAAAAUACCUCCCCGUCCUCCGGCUGCUCUGUGUGGCAGGAUGCUGGUGGUGAAGGGAGGUUGGACUGCCUGCAGGUUCCCUCUCGGCCACAAGAGAGCAGCAGACUACCUUUCUCUGCUCUAACCAAGGAGCGGCAGGCCACUUUCUUCUACGGACAGAUAACAGUCCAAGUAGAGCAUGAUGUCUGUUAGUCUGAUACCUGCAGAAAAAAUGUUAUAGGACUAACAAUCAUUUUCACUAUCUGUGGACUAUUUUCUCAGUUAAUUGAUCAAUCAUUUGGGCCAGAAAAUCGUAAAAACAAAAAUGCAAAUCACAAUUUCCCAAAGUUGGCAUAUUCAUUGUGCUUGUUUUGUCUGAUCAACAGCCUAAAACCAAUAUAUAUUUACUGUAAAGGAACAGUGUGUAGGAUUUUGGGGGAUUUAUUAACAGAAAUGGAAAA